AUGCUCGUUUAUGGUUUCAGCGGUCAUUGCUCCAGCGCGGCAGCUGAUUUUGCUUGUGGCAGAGGUUGGAGGCCUGGCGCUUCGGCCGCUGCAGCCACCGAGGAGCAAGAGCAAGUGGCUACGGUUGAGUGGGCUUACAUUCACAUGCCCCUGUCGGUUCUUGUGGAUUUGGAGUUAGAGCCAUUAAAAAUGGUUGGGCAGCGAGAUGUCUAUUGCGCGGCCAAGUAUUGCCUGGAGCAUCGACUUGUGGCCUACGUGGAGGAACAGAACACAGUGCAUGGGAUUGCACCAUCUCGUGCGCAGAUGCUAGACGUGGCUCUGGCGAGCAUUCCUGCCGCCGCGCCGUCUUGCGUGAAAGAGCGCCUGGUUUCGCUUGUGCAGGGUACACCGCGGAAGGAGCGCAAGUACCUGGCAGCCUUUCGCCGCAGGUGGAGCGCAAGAUAUGGGUGCUUACGCACAGAAGAUGUUGUUGAUGUUGCUGAGCGCCGACAGAAGGCUACUGUAUUCCAUCAGUGGAUGAAUCACAUUUGGCGUGACGCCGCUAAGCCGGUGCUGGUGGUGAACAUGGAUGAGACCUCGGUGGUGCGGCAUCCAACUGGGCUCUGGGGAACUGUCUUGAAGGGUCCGGCGAAUAAGCCGCGGCGGGACCACGGGACUCUCUCGGACCGUCGUGGCAGCUUGUCGUUUCUGGCAAGCAUCUGCCCGGACAGCGACGUGCAAGGCAUACUGCCGCAGAUUCUUCUGGCGAAUGAGCAUCAGGUCAGUCUUGCAGUUCUGCGCCGCUUGCAAGCUUCAGGUUCGCUUCCUCCCAACAUGCACAUCUGGCGAGAAGCAUCUGGGUGGACGACGCAUGCCAUCAUGAGGCGGUACCUCAGCUUCUUGGCGCGGUCUUUGGGCGAGGUGGUCGCCCAGCGGACGGUUGUCCUCCUUGUUGAUGUUAACAGAGCACACAUAGACCAUUCGAUACUUUUGCAUGCCAGGCGACUGUCAAUUCGAAUGUGCUUUGUCCCGGCCAGGAUGACACGAUGGCUCCAGCCAGCAGACACAGCUAUGUUCGCUCGUUUCAAGGCUGCGUUUCGUCGCACCUGGAGAGAGCAGAAAGCUUGCCUGCCUAUGGGCGUGGUCUCCCAAGAGACAUGGCUGCGCAUAAUUUUCGCCGCGAUUGCCGCUGUCUUGCCGACGACCAAUUGGUAUGUCGCCUUCGACUCUCUUGGGCUGCUCGGGAACCAGAACUCCAUGUCGCAGAGAGUGUGUGAGGAGCUGGGCUUGGCAAUGCCACCGCAGGUCCCGCGUGGAGUUCCAAGUGCGGCGCAGGCUGCGUUGGUCUUCCCUAGUGGAAUGAAAGUCGAUGUGAUGACUUGGGUGCAUUUCGUGCCGAAGUCAGCUUUAAAAGGGUUGGCUAUGCCAGCCGCGGCGCACGGCCCAGGGGCAGCAAGGCCUGCGGCGUCGGCGUCGGGUGCGUCUGGGAGUUCCGUCGCUCCGAGACGUCGUGCGCUCCCAGCUUCUGUUGAACCAGUGCGUUGGUAUCGUGGACGCCCAGUCCGCGACCUGCGCUGA